AUGGCUUCAAUUCACCUCGACCCCUUGGGUUCGCUGUUGAGCAUGAGUAAGACGUAUACAAACAUCAGCUAUAUAUUUGCUUUGAAUGAAAAUGAAAGCGCAGACCUUAGAGCCUUCAUGAUACAGACCACCCUUACUGUAGGUCUAGAACGAUUGGCUGGCAGUUUUCCUUGGAUUGCUGGUCAGAGUUUCUACGGCUACAUCGAGGACUUCGAUGAGUUGCCAUUGCUUCAAAUGGGAAAACGACUCGAUUUGUCACUGAAUGCUUUCCUCCAAGCCAACUGGUCAAUAAGCCUUCUUGAUCCCGAGGUGUAUGUGCCUCAACCACCUCAAGAGACACCCUCUGGGAAGCCACGAGUCUUUUCUGGAAGCCCAAGCCCUGUGUUUAUGAUCAAAGUCAUGCUCAUCACCGGAGCAGCCGUCUUAACAUUUUCUGCAAACAAAGGUGCCCUUGAUAUAACUGGCCAGGUAACGAUGAUUCGCUUGCUAAGCAAGGCAUGCCGUGGUGAAGCAUUCACCGAGGACGACGUACGAUUGGCUAGUCGAAACUUAAGGAUCAAUUUGGACUUCACUAUAGAAAAAGCUCCUAUCGACUCCCGAUUGGACGUACGCCGGCGUUUGGAAAGAACAGACGUCCCCAUUGCCCCCUCCUACCAUGAGCCGGAUCCUACGCUGACUUGGGUAUACUUUCUCGCUAAUGUUUCCUCCCUGGAGGCGAAAAAGACCCAUGUUCAGCCAAAUUCACCCUUAUCGACAGAUGAUGUACUAACAGCUCUAAUUUGGAAAAGUAUCACACUAUCCAGGUGUCCGGAUGACUCUACCGAGUCGUUCCUUAUCAGGGCAGUCAAUGUCCGAGAAGCCUUUGGUCUUCCAAACACAUAUGCCGGCAUGUUUCAAUACAUGGCAUUCCACAAACGUGAUGCUAGAGACCUGAUGACUAUGCCUUUAGAGAACCUUGCUGUCUACUUACGAGACCAGUUGGCACCUGAUACUCUCAAUCCGUUUAUGCGAGUCAUUGCGGCUUUGACCUACCGCGUUACAUGGGAAUCUCCGACCUUCAAAUAUACAUGGCCAGAUCGGGAUGUGCACGUCACAUCAUGGGCCGAGAUGGACUGCUACAACCAUGACUUUGGUCUCGGUUUGGGAAAUCCCAUCAACGUCCUACGGCCCUGUUUGCCUGCUAUAAAAGAAGGAGAUGUCAACUUUAUGCCACAGACUCCACAAGGCAACAUCAUGAUCUCUAUCUGCUUAAAGGAGCAAGCCAUGGAGAAUCUCAAGAUCAAUCUGCUACUCUUGGAAUUUGUAAGGACAAUUGAGUAG